UCGCCUUGCGGGCUCGUCCCAGACCCCUGGGCUGCCCGGCCCGCCUGGCCAGCUGCCCGCGGCGGUCAGCGCGCCGGGCCCGGUUUCCGCUGCGUGCCGCCGACCUCUUAGUUGCAUUACGGGUGUGUUUCCACUGUUAGAGAAUGAAACAUGACUGAGGAUUCCCAGAGAAACUUCCGGUCAGUAUAUUAUGAGAAAGUGGGGUUUCGUGGAGUUGAAGAAAAGAAAUCAUUAGAAAUUCUCCUCAAAGAUGACCGCCUGGAUAUUGAGAAACUUUGUACUUUCAGUCAGAGAUUUCCUCUGCCAUCCAUGUACCGUGCAUUGGUAUGGAAGGUGCUUCUAGGGAUCCUGCCUCCCCACCAUGAGUCCCAUGGCCAGGUGAUGAUGUAUCGUAAGGAUCAGUUCUCGGAUGUCUUACACGCCUUGAAGGUCGUUCGCUUCGUCAGUGAUGCCACGCCCCAGGUUGAAGUCUUUCUCCGCAUGUAUCAGCUGGAAUCCGGGAAGUUGCCUCGAAGUCCUUCUUUUCUUCUGGAGCCAGAAGAUGAAGUGUUUGUCGCCAUUGCCAAAGCCAUGGAAGAGAUGGUGGAAGACACUGUGGACUGUUACUGGAUCACCCGCUGCUUUGUGAACCAACUCAAUACUAAGUACCGGGAUGCUUUGCCCCAAUUGCCGAAGGUGUUUGAACAGUACUUGAAUCUGGAAGAGAGCAGACUGCUGGGGCAUCUGAACACGUGUUCUGCGGUGUCCAAGCUUCCUUACGAUCUCUGGUUCAAGAGGUGCUUCGCAGGAUGUUUGCCCGAGUCCAGCUUGCAGAGGGUUUGGGAUAAAGUUGUCAGUGGAUCCUGUAAGAUCCUGGUUUUUGUCGCUGUAGAAAUUUUAUUAACAUUUAAAAUAAAAGUGAUGGCACUGAACAGUGCAGAAAAGAUAACACAGUUUCUGGAAAAUAUUCCACAGGACAGCUCGGAUGCCAUCGUGAGCAAGGCCAUCGACUUAUGGCACAAACACUGCGGAACCCCAGUCCACUCAGCCUGAUCGCUCCCUGCAGUCACGGACAGCCCGCCAGGCCCAGCCUGCAUAUUUCUGGUUUUGUCACAUCUGCAAAAUUCAUCUUGGACAAGUAUUCAUCUUGCACUGGGAUUCAAAGGAUCAUUUUUCCCCCCCAGUAAAAUGAUGUAAGAUGCUUAUUUGGUCUUACUGUGUUGUGGAGUGACACCUUUCAGGCACACAUACAUGCAGAGUUGGUCUCUGUAGCAUGUUGUAAGAAAGCAGCGUCAUCAGGGUGGGUGGGUACGUUGAACGAGUACAUCACUAAGCCAGCCCUGCCUCUUUCUAAUUAGCACCCAGCUCGUUCUUUUGUAAGUGCUAUUUCUGGAAUAAAGAGCAGCUUCCUUUUGUUGA